AUGGGUUCAAUAUCUAUCGACGUGCUUGACCUUCCCCGCCUUCGUGACGAGCCAACAUUCCAAACACUCAUUGAAACCCUUCAAGUCCUCGAGCUGAACCCCUCAAGAUGGGCCGACUCUAAAUCCGAACUGACUGUUGCCGAAGAUACAACGGGGGUUUCUCGCUGGUUGACUUCAAUUAUGAAGAAUUCCUUCGACUGGUUGCAAGAUUUGACACAUCCGGACAGCGAUGGCAUCACUGCCGCUGAGCAGCUGGAGAUGCUUUGGGACCUAGCGAGUCAACGUAUGUCAGAGCGUUGUGGACGAAACGCUAUGGGCGAGCUAUCUCGAACGUGGACUAUCCCAAAGUCAGAAGAUCAUCCUACUCUAAAUAUUGAAAUCAGAGAACCACCUCUGACCGGCGACAAUCUUGGCUUCAAAACUUGGGGCACCGCAUGGGCUAUCGCGCAGAUAUUCUCAGACUUCCGCAAGGAUUACUUGUCGCAUCUGCUUCCCGGUAACCGUAUCAACACAUUCACAACUGCCACAGGGGCCACUUUUACGCAACCUCAAACACGGGUCCUCGAACUGGGUGCUGGAACUGGAUUGCUGGGUCUCGCCGCCGCUGCUGUAUGGGGAGCGAAUGUUACAAUGACUGACCUCGAAGUUAUCCAAGACAAUCUGCUAUUCAAUGCUCGAAAGAAUGCAGGUAUACUUGAGGGCCGAGGAGUAAAUGUACAGUGCGGUGUGCUGGACUGGAAGGAGCCUGAGAAGCAAUUGCCUCUUUGCUGGGAUAAGGAAUUUGAGAUUGUGAUGGCCUCCGACCCUUUAUACGAUGAUGGCCAUCCCUCCCUUGUGGCGAAAAUGAUCAAACAACACUUGAAACCUAUUCAAGGUUCGCGUGCCAUGGUUGCGGUGCCAAUGCGAGAUUCGAACACGGUGCGGAUGGCGUCCAAGCUGCUGAGCAUAAUGGCAAGUUACGGUUUCAAGAUCCUUCAUGAGGGUGCGGAGAUUUGCCGAGAUGACUGGGCGAGUGAUGAGGAUGAAGUAAAGUGCCGGUGGUGGAUUUGGGGAUUAUCAGGCGACGAAAUUACAAGAUAG